CAUAUGCAGCAGUGGUGUGGUGUAUGCAUUCAUUCCAUCAUGUAUUAAUCUAUGGAAACAAAUCAGAACAAAGGAGAGAGAAGAUUCAUUUAGGUGUAAAAGCUCAAACUCAGUGUGCAUGUUUGGAAAAUACUUUUGUGACAAAUACAUGAAACACCUCCUCAUCUAUGUUUCCACAGUAGUUCAUUCAGCUCGUGGUUGUAACAGUGGUGGGACAGAACACGCUGUGAAUCCUCUGAGGCUCCAAAUGAAUUCACGUCCCUGUCCCGUACCGUGCGAGCGGACCCGUGACAGCGUCCCUGAUUGGACCAAAGUUUGCAGCCACGGCCAAUCCCCGCGUCAGGCUGCGUGCCGGGUUCAUCCGUGCAGCCAAUCAGAGGCGUGAGCGCUGACUGGGGGAGAGAGAAGAGCCGAGCUGCUUGUGACUGAUUCUCCUCAUUUGAACCGGUGUCAACAAACAACAACAACAGCAGCCCCUCCGUCCCUGCACCGCCUCGACCACCACACUGAACUCUCACAUCGAACACCACCCAGACAAUAACUCUGCUACACGUCCAGGAAUCAAACUUCUCUUCCACCGUCGUCACAUCUGGACUCCUGGCCGUCCCGGGACCCUGGUUCUCGGCUGCAGCCCGGCUGCGGCUAACCUCCACCGAGGCUAACCGAGGCUAAACCGAGGCUAUAACCUUCCGGGAGACUUCUCAACGGGGCCGAGGCGAGUUUGUAUUCCCCCUGCCGAGGAGCCGGUGCUGGAGGAGCAGCCUCCCCCCGUCAGGAGGACACUGUCGCAGGGGUGGUGGUGGAGGAGGUAUGACUGCGUUGGCGGGGUCAAUACCCAGGAUGAUGCGACCCACGCUGGCUCAGAACUACCCCCGCAGCGGCUUCCCACUGGAAGUGUCCACCCCACUGGGUCAAGGCCGAGUCAACCAGCUCGGAGGAGUAUUCAUCAAUGGCAGGCCUCUGCCCAACCACAUCCGACAUAAGAUCGUGGAGAUGGCCCACCACGGCAUCAGGCCGUGCGUCAUCUCCCGGCAGCUCCGGGUCUCCCACGGCUGCGUGUCCAAAAUCCUGUGUCGGUACCAGGAGACGGGCUCCAUCAGACCCGGGGCCAUAGGAGGCAGCAAACCCAAGCAGGGAACAACACCGGACGUGGAGAAGAGAAUCGAAGAAUACAAGCGGGAAAACCCGGGUAUGUUUAGCUGGGAGAUUCGGGAUAAAUUACUGAAGGAUGGGAUAUGUGACCGCAACAACGUGCCUUCAGUGAGCUCAAUCAGUCGCAUCAUGCGGAGUAAGUUCGGAGUUAAAGGUGAUGAGGAGGAGGAUGACGAUGAGAUCGAGAGGAAGGAGUUGGAGGACCACGACCGCAGGGCCAAACACAGCAUUGAAGGCAUCCUGGGAGACAGAUGUGAGUGAAAACUCUGCAGGUCGUUGUUGACGCUGAAUAAGUAGAAGUAGAAAACAGAAAGUUGGCUG